AUGUUAAUUUUAUCGACGGACCGACGGACCAACGGACCAACGGAUCGACGGACCAACGGACCGACGGGUAAAAAAGUGCUUCCCCCUUUGACACAGGGAUUACCGGCAUUAGUCGAUGGUGCAUUCCAAUACGGGCUUAGCGAUAUAAAUCUGCCCAAAAUCCCGACCCAACCAAUCGGAUACGACGACGCGCUACAGAUACUGAAAAUAAUGGGUGGUAAACCUGUGCCUAACGCUCUUCACAUCGGCGACUGGAAGGGUGGGCUUAACAUAACAUACAGAUUUGGGCCAGGAUUCAACAGCGCUAAUGUGCACAAAAAAUUACGGCUCGUCGUUAAUAAUGUGAUGAAAACAAAAAUUAUUUACAAUGUAAUUGGAAUUCUGGACGGAUCUGUAGAGGAGGAUCGAUAUGUUAUAUUAGGUAAUCAUAGGGAUGCCUGGGGUUUGGGCGCUAUGGACGCCGCCAGCGGUACCACCGCUCUCCUGGAAGUGGCCCGACUUUUUGGCCGCAUUCACAGCGACACCGAUUGGAGGCCCAGAAGGACAGUAGUGUUCGCGAGUUGGACGGGAGAGGAGAUGGGUCUCAUUGGGUCUACCGAAUGGGUCGAAGAGCACAUUCAUUUAUUGUCACAAAAAGCGGUCGCGUAUAUCAAUGUCGACACUUGCAUAAAGGGUCCGUUUCUCAGUCCUGACGCUUCGCCCACUCUAAUGGCAAUUCUACGCGAAGUUACACAAUAUAUUUCGUUCAGAAAUACUACUCUUUUGAACGAAUGGAUUAAACAUCAGGACCAAAUUAGUGGAGUAGUGAAAAUCUUGGGUUCGGGCUCAGAUCAGGCCGCCUUUGCAUUCUUCGCUGGCAUACCCGCUAUUAAUAUUAUGUUCAAAUUUGAUAAGAAAAAAUACCCAAUAAGUGGUUAUCCGGCUUAUCAUACGGGAUACGAAACAUUAUAUUUGGUCAACAAAUUCAUUGAUCCCGACUUUUCAUUACAUAAGACGUGUACCCAAUUGUUGGGAGUAUUACUGCACGCCAUCUCUGGCUCUAUACUAUUACCGUAUAGAAUCGACGAAUUGGCGAACAGAGUGCUAAUAGACUAUAAAUACAUAUAUAAAAUGAAUGCAAAUCACGAGAAGUUCGGCGCCAAAUAUGACAUUUACGGCGACAAUAAGCCAUUAAUAGAUAUGUUGGAGAAAUCGUUGGCUGCGUUCGUGUCGGCGGCCAACGAUUGGACAGAAAUGAUAAGGCAUUUGGAUAUAAAUAAUCCAUUACUAGUGCGCCGGGCGAACGACGCGAUGAUGGGAGUCGAGCGCGCCUUCAUUAGGCCCGAGGGUCUGCACGAGAGGCCAGAAAUCAAGAAUCUAUUGUACGCGCCGUUUAAAUAUAAUAAAUACUCGACAGUUGUCUUCCCCGGAAUGCUGGACCUCAUGAGGCAAAUCUCGAUCACACAAAGAGGUGACGUAUCAAAAGUGCCGCAAUUGAGACAAUCAUUGCGUCGGCACAUCUCCGACAUCGCUAUUGCGCUCAGAAGUGCCACUAAUUUACUCAAUACACACCCUUUAUAG